UCAAAAGAAAAAGCGUCCGGCUCGGCUGUUUGGGUGAUUGUGUAGGAACUGUGGCUCCACCGUUAAUUCUUCACGAAACGCCAUUAUCCGUGUGACAGGGAGGCUUUUACCAGGAGCAGGACUUAAGUUGAAUCCAUGGCUGGGCCUGUCAGUCUGGAGUUGGAUCCCAUCUUCCUGAAGGGACUAAGUUACCUGCACUCCAAAAGUAAAGACUCAGCCGAGAAACUCAAAGCUUUACUUGACGAUUCCCUUUCAAGAGGAAGCGACUCGUCUUACCGUUUAUUACAGAAAGAUAUAGAGGUGUCCAAGGGGUCUGUGUCAAAACUGAGUUUAAGCAAACAGGACUCCAAGUCCUCCUCAAGCUCCUCGUCUUCCAGCAGCAGCAGCGGGAGUAGCAAAUCCAGCUCAGAAAAGAGCAAGAAAGAGGUUGAGAAGAGACCCGCUGAGAAGGUCAGGGUUGAUUUGGGCGAUGUGGACCCUCCGAAAAAGCCUCGUUUGGAGAAACAGGAGAAUCGUGCGUCGCCAAUAACCGUUCAGACGAGCAAGGACCUUCUGCCAAACAUAAAUGAUGACGAGACCAACGCUGAUGACUUUGCCAUGGAAAUGGGACUGGCUUGUGUGGUUUGCAGGCAAAUGACGGUGACCAUGGGGAACCAACUGGUUGAGUGCCAGGAGUGCCAUAAUCUGUAUCACCAGGACUGUCACAAGCCCCAGGUGACAGACAAAGAAGUGAACGAUCCUCGGCUGGUGUGGUAUUGUGCCCGCUGCACCAGGCAAAUGAAACGCAUGGCCCAGAAACCUCCACAGAAGCCGUCCCCUGCCUCUGCAUCAUCGGCACCGGUGGUAAAAGACACCAUGGUUAAGAAGACAGAGAUUAAAACCAAGCCUGACACAACCAACACCUUCCAGGCCUUCAAAAGAGCUGAAGUAAAGGCAUCCACAAUCUCAGCCAACCCCCCCAGCAGCAGCUCCUCCUCCUCAGGCAGUGCUCUUACUGGCUGGGCUGCAUUUGGUGCCAAAACAAAUCCGUCUCUUCCUGCCAGCUCCAAACUGGGUUCCUCAGGCCCGAGUGGGAGCCACAAGACCUUGACAGCUCCCUCUGGUCAGAAACCUGUUGGUCUGUCUGGGCUUACAGGAGCCAAGUCGGGACUUGGAAGUGCAAAGAUAGCUGGGAGCGGCAACGGAAACGGCUCUGGCCAGGUUCCUCUGAAACCUCCACCCCCCCUGACUCUGGGUAAGCAGCCGCUGAACCGUUCGACAAGUGGAGAAAACCAAGGGAAAGGCUCUUCAUCAUCAGGUGGUGGCUCCCCUAGCGGCUCCCAGGUAGGGACAGGAGGGAACGGAGGCAAUAACGGGAAUGGGAACGGGAACAAUGGGAACGGGUCAAAGGCCGCCCCGGGGGACAAAGCGCAACAUCCCAGGAGUCCCAGCUUAACGCCAUGAAACGGUUACAACUGGUGAAGAAGAAAGCAGCACAGAAGAAACUGAAGAAAUGAGCAGAAGUUGAACAAAGCGAGAGAAGAUGUGAGGAAUUUGAAAAUAAACCGUUUAUGGAAUUAGUGCCAGUGAAUUUGUUUGUAUCAGGAGAGCGCCUGUAACUGUCGUAACACCGUUCAGUCAAAUACUUGAAUCUUUCUUUGUGUAAAUGCUGCUGGACUGUGUGCCUCGUUCUGUCAGAUCUAACCAUUGAAACAAUGACUGUCACCUUCAAGCAAACACAAUUAAAUCUCCUCUUCUUACAAACUGACAGUA